CUUAAUUAAUUAGCCGCAUCUCCAGAUCUGCGCGACGCCGAGGGGGGCGGGGGGAGAAGCUGCCACGGCAACGGGAGCGGAGGAGGGAGGGAAGACGGCGGAGAUUCGUUUUUAUUUCGUGCGCGCCGAUUUGAGUGUGUGUCCACAAAGACCCAGUCUGCAGCCCAACGCUGGACCAGGCAGGAGGAGGGAAGAGGCGCUUUGAUUUAACUGAACAGAGAGAGAGAGAGGGAGAGGAACGAGCAGUGAGCAGCGACCGCAGAAGAAGGGCCCCCUCACACCCCCCUGGAGGUCCGUCCACGGCAGUGUUUAAAAGCUCUAGCGCUCUCCGUCUCCUCCCCGACGCCAGGCAUGGCUCCCGUGUAGGAAUCCGAAGCCACAGCACCGCGAGGACUGAGGGAGAGCUGAAGGAAAGAGGAAAGUGAAAAAUGGCAGGAGAAAAGCUGGGAGUGAAGAACAGCAGCAGCAUCGUGCCCUGCUUCCUGUUUGUGGAGCUGGUGAUCAUGGCUGGCACGGUGCUCCUGGCGUACUACUUUGAGUACACGGACACCUUCCCCGUGCACGUCCAGGGCUUCUUCUGCUACGACCGCACCUUCUCCAAGCCCUACCCUGGCCCUGAACACCACAGCAUGGUGCCACCCAUGCUGGUCUACUCCCUCAUCACCGCCAUCCCCACGCUCACGAUUCUGAUCGGCGAGCUCAUGGCCUUCUUCAUGAAGGCGGAAGGGACCCAGGAGAAGACCAUCGUGGCGGCUGACUGCUGCUUCUUCAACCCCUUACUGCGGCGAAUCGUCCGUUUCCUUGGGGUCUAUUCGUUCGGCAUCUUCACCACCACCAUCUUUGCCAACGCUGGGCAGGUAGUCACAGGAAACCAAACUCCCCACUUCCUGUCCACCUGUCGGCCCAACUACACUGCCCUGGGCUGCCAGUCCGCCAUGCAUUACAUCACCGAGCGCCGUGCGUGCACUGGAAACCCCCUCCUCGUCGUGUCCGCCCGCAAAUCCUUCCCCUCCAAGGAUGCUGCCCUCAGCGUCUACUCUGCUGUCUACACUGUGAUGUACGUAACUCUGGUGUUUCGGACGAAGGGCACACGGCUGGCCAAACCCACGCUAUGCCUGGCGCUGCUCUCCCUGGCCGUGCUGGUGGGCGUGGUCAGAGUCGCCGAGUACCGCAACCACUGGGCCGAUGUGCUGGCCGGAUACUUCACCGGAGCCGCCACCGCCGUCUUCCUGGUGACCUGUGUGGUGAACAACUUCCAGUGGGCACAGCCUGCCCCUGUGCCCGUGCGGGCCCAGCGCCCUGACUCUGUGCUGGGCAUGCCCAUGACGGCGCUGCCCUGUGUGGAGAGUCCACUCGAAAAGUUAAGUGGCCCUCAGCUUCCCACCUUCCCUCCUCACUUCUCUCAUCCUCUUCCCUGAUUUCUGUGAAACAUUUAAUAUUCUCUCUCCUCUCUUUCUCUUUCCAUGUCCUCCCUUCCUAAUUUCCCCUUUACUCCCUCUCUUUUUCUUCUUCUAAUCCGCCUACCUUCCGCCAUGCUCAUUCACUGGCUCUCUCACUCUUGGUUUCUGUUUUUCUCCCCACUCCAUUUCUCUCUCUUUCUCUUUCUCUUUCUCUCUCUCUUCUUCUCUCUUGCUCUCUUGCUCUCUUUCUCUCUCUCUCUUUCUCUUUCUCAUUCUUUCUCUCGCUCAAUCUCUCUUGUUCUCUCUCGCUCUCUCUCUUUCGCUCUCUCUCACUCUUUCUCUCACUCACUCUCUCUCAAUCUCUCUUGCUCUCUCUCGGUGUCUCUCUCUCUCUCUCUCCUCUCUCUCUUUCUGGCCCCUCUCCAGACUCCGGGAUCUCCGUUCACUGAGAUCACAUGACCAUCAGCCUUACCGGUUCCCCGCCACUCCAGAUGUCCUCAUACCGUCUCACUCCAUCUCCAGCGAAGUCUAGACCAGCCGCCCGACCACGCCCACCACUGCGCCGCCCACCCCGCCGGGCGACACCCCCUCUACCGCUCGUACUCCACCCAGGUCUAGAGGCCCCGCCCCCCUCCCUCCAUCCCUCACUCCUCUCGGCAUUUUUCCUGAGGCAACUUCUCAGUGUCGUGAAGCGUAAAUUGUGUCUUUCUCACAACGAUCUCGGUUUUCAAGCAACAUCUCUGCCCCCACCCACACAUCUGCCUGUUCUUUCAUCUGUAAGGGGCGGAAAGUGGUUCUAACAUGUUGCCGAGAUGCACUCACCCCGCCCCCUCCCACCCCAUUGCUCUUCCUGUCAUUUUGAGUGGCAGGUCUGUCAGAAGUCCCACCCACUCAGUAGCUCCGUUGUAUAAAUUGCCAGAAGAACUGUUUGAGGCAGCCAAUAGAAACCAAGGGUUCAACAUCCUACUGCUGUGUGGGCAUUCCAAGAAACACGGGACAACACAAACCUCUCUUCUCUCAUUCUCUAGCUCUCUCUCAAUCCAUCUAUCACUUCAAUAAAAUGAAAACAUGUAGAGAUGAAAAGUACAAUGCUGCAGGUAUCAACAAAAAAAACAUGUUUUGAAAAGUAUUUUUCCUUAUCACUCAGGAACUGAGUCAAAGUUUCAUAAAAUUUCAACCACUUCAUCCAACAAAAAAAGAGCACCAAAAAGCAACCUUGUGAGAGUUUGGGUUCCAGUGGGAGCAGUGACACUAUCAGUAGUGAUCAGUGAUGUUCCUCUCUAUUUGCGUUGAAAGUCACAUCCUUACUUUGUCUAACCUUGGGCUCUGGUGAAAGCAGGUGCAUAUGAAUAUUUAUUACUCAAUUUAUUUUCCAAAUCACUAUGGGUGUGUGUGUGUGUCAAAUCAGUCAAACAAGUCAUUUGGAACCACAAUAUGUUCCCAGUCCACCUGAUCAUGAAUAUUCAUGUAGACUGGCCAUCAGAGGAGCUCUUAAGUCACAGCAGGAACUCUUUAGCUGGGACAGGAAGGAAUAUGAUGUGUGGAGUCUUGGAAGAGAUCACGUUUCUUUGGUAAAGUCCUGUAUAUUCUAAAGGGUGGUACUUUUUAUAGUGCUUGCUCCGUGUUGGCAUGUGGGGACCUUUGAAAUGAUCCCAUCAUUGUUGUUGGGAUGUACCUUGAUUUUCAGUAAACUCCGCGAUACCGCCAUUGAGCCAGAUCCAUGGCACGUUCCUCUGAGUUCAACUCUGCUGGUACUGAACAGUGUGGACUUCAACAUGAGACUAAGCCAAGAUUUUUUUACAUUUCCUUUCCUUCUGAAUUGGUUCUGUUUCCUGCCAUCUUAUCAAAUGGUCCAUUUUACAAUGUUUACAUAUUUAUUGUCUUAUAUAUUCUCUUGUUUAUCAGACAUGUACAUAAGAAAUUUGUGCUGUGGCACUCACCUUUACGUGGCAUGACAGUUUUGCUGGUUUUGAUUUGCACAAAACCCCUGGAGUCCCACUCUGUCCACUUCCUGUCCACUCUGUUCACUUCCUGUCCACUUCCUGUCCAAUCUGUUCACUUCCUGUCCACUCUGUCCACUUCCUGUCCAUUCUGUUCACUUCAUACACUGCGUCCCCCUCUUCUUUCCGCAUUUGUAAGUUUUUUGUUUUGCUGGAUUCUGUGUUUUCCUGUGCUGUACCAGGGCUGAAGCUUCACUGUGCCAAGCAACUUUUUCUCUCACCUGUUUCCUCCAUACCCAUCCACCCAAGUCCCUCCCCCUGACCCCCUUCUAAACCAUGACUGCCCCCAACCAAAUCUUCCUUUUUCUUACACUAAGACUUGUUUCUAUCUUCAUGUAAAUAGUUCUUUUUGUAUCAAAAGUGGUUUUACACAUUUGCACACACCAGGCACGUGCACACAUACACAUACUACAGCUGUUAUCAGAAAAGAGUAAGAAUCAUUUAUUUAUUUGUUUGUUUGUUUGUUUGUUUGUUUGUUUGUUGGUGACUCGAUCCUGCGUUCCUGAUAAACAUUGUGUUGAGUCUCUGUCACUGGUACCUAGUAUGUUAACACUCACCAUGUACAUAUUGUGUCAAAAAUCAACAAGAUGCGUGACAUUAUAUAUGUUGUAUAAUAAAAUUUUCAAAAGAAAUGGAUCUAUUUUCUCUAUAUGGGGUACAGUCUGGCUUGUUCACUGACAGAUUCACAGUAGAUGAGUACAGAAAGCUGUGGGUUUGAUCUCAGUGGGAGUACUCAACAUACGCUCAAGAGGCAAACCAUUGGGCAAAUCGCAUGCGUCCAGGCAUCCAAAUAUACAGUUUUCCUGGGGUUCAUUGUGGACUAUGCUCAUGGUCAAAUGUAUGCUCCCCAUUGAGAGAGCUUAGUGUUUUUUUCUACAGGAGAAAUUAUCUUUAAAGAUGUCGUCUGGUUCACACAUUUCUGCCGUCUGCUUUUCCACCAGACAGUAAAGUCUGAUCUCACCUCUAAAAAUGGCAUGAAAAGUGAGGAAUCUGCCACAUUUAUUAGCCUAAGAUAAACCCAUGGACUUGCUUUCCAAUGACAUGCACAUAAAAGAUCUUUAAGAGGUCAUACACAUUAUAUCAAGAUUAUUAUUAUUUUUUGUAUCCAGACGGUGGAUGCUUACAGUUUUAUAAAUAGCCAUUUAUGGAUAUUGGCUGAACUGACUCAACCUGCUACUAAACUGAUCAUUAACCCUUUGAAGACUGUGUUCAGGGUUCCAUCUGUGUUUGGCCCAAGAAUAGAUGAGUUCCAAAAAUAUAUUCUAGAUACUAAACAGGCAUUCAUGUCCUAGAAGAACGGUAACUGAUAAGAAAUCUUAACUUCAUGCAAGUUAUUUAUUUGCCAUACAUAAUUUCCACAGAACUGAAAUCUUAUGAUUCCGUAACCCGCAGCCCUUGCCAGUAGGGUACAUGAAUAUAUACAUUGUUUUGUUGAUUUGUCCUUGUAACAUAUCCUUCCAAGGGUCAGCCUUUUCCAUUAAUAUUAAAGGGGUCUGUCGGACGUGCAGCAGGUAUCAAGUCAGAACACUUGUUAUGGUGGCAUCUUUUGGCAUCUUUGUUCUGCCCAUUUUUAAUUGAUAUGACAAAAACAAUAUUCUGAAAUUGAUACCGUUUUCUUUUGAUGUUUUUGGAAAGUAUGAUGUUACAUAAAGAUGUGUCUGAUGAGGAAUUAAAUAGGUACAUGUUGCAAUAAACGAUGCUUCCUUUUGUACCAUA